UCUUCAAAAUUCAUAUUGCAAACAUAACAAAAAUAAUGAUGAACUCUUCCGAGUCUCAGAAGCCUCAAGUGUUCAUCAAUUUCAGGGGUAAAGCUCUAAGAAAAAACCUGGUGAGCUUUCUAAAGCCAAAACUAGAAGAGAACAGGGGAAUCAACGUUUACAUAGACGAGGACGAGACUAGAGGGAGACCAAUCACAACACUUUUCGAACGAAUCAGAGAGUCAAGUAUCGCACUAGUCAUCUUCUCAGACAAGUACCCCGAGUCCCUCUGGUGCUUAGACGAGCUCGUUGAGAUCAAGAAGCAGAUGGACAAAGGAAAUCUUGUCCCCUUUCCAAUAUUCUACAAAGUGAAAGCUUGGUCCGUCAAGAGCCAGACUGGUCCCUUCGGUAAUACCCUCCUCAAGACUGAGCAUGCCGCUCGCAAAAAGGUUGACCGGAGAAACACUAGGUCAAUACUUGAAACAGAGGCUAUGAUUUGGGGAUGGAGGCAAGCUUUAGUCUCCAUAGGUGGAGUAAUGGGGUUGACUUAUGAUCAUAAGUGUGAUGCUGAUUUCGUUAAUGAUAUUGUGGUCCAGGUCAAGAAAAUGUUAGCUGAUACUAAAUCUCCAAAAAAUGGUCUUACAAUCAUAAAGAAGCAUCGGAUACAUCCUCAUGAAGAAGUAACGUCGUUGGUACAAGCUCUAAACCUUGAGAGAUCUGAUCUUUAUGAUGUCAAUGGCAUCGUUUCCCAGGUCAGCAUAGAUCGUCUCGUGUUUCUUGACCUGAUCUCUCUUAAGAAUCCUGUAGUUAUUCGGCGACUGCUCGAGCUAGUUCAAUCUAGAAGGAUUCUUUUGGUGUUGUUAGGUUCUCUAGAAUACUACAAUCAUGUUUUCACUUUGAACCGUAUCUUUCUACCUAAGAAACCUCAAGAACUGCCUGAUAGCAAAAAUGUGGUAGAGAGUAAUGAUAAUCUGCGUAAUCACGAAUUUAGCUACUCGAAUGGUGUUUUGUCCUGCUUGUCAUUCUUAUGUAACAUACUGAAACGUAGUGAAAUAAAAAUAGACCCUCCACCUCGAAGAGUGUUCAUGAGUCUUGGAGAAAACCAUCUCGGAAAGUUCCUAGUGACCUCUUUGAAAGGAGAAUUGGAAAAGAACCAGAUAGAAGUGGAUUCAGAGGAUGAGACGAAGAGCAGGACCGAAGAGUCAGGGGUUGCAGUAGUGUUCUUCUCAAAUAAGUACCCUAAGUCAGAAAAUUGUCUUGAUGAGCUCGUUGAGAUCAAGAAACUGAUGGACGCAGGAUCAAUCGAUGCCUUCCCUGUUUUUUACGGCUUGAAGGAUGAACAAGUUGGGAAACUGAAAGGAUGGUUCCAUAACAGGCUUCUCAAGAUAGAGAACGAAGUGCGUAAUAACAUCAAGACGAGAGAUGAUAAGUCUGUGCUUGAUACCGAAGCUAAAAUCUGGGGAUGGAGAGACGCCAUCUCGUCCAUUGCCUCAAGACAGGGUCUGAGCUAUAAACUUAGCACUGAUGACGUGUUCGUCAGUGAUAUCGUGACCAAGGUCAAGAAACUGUUUGUCUCUAAAGAGACACGGGAGACAAGAGCAGCAACAACAGUUGUAAAUAACAUUGAUGCUGCCUUAUUCUACUCCCAAACUUCGUUUUUACAUGCUAUAAACCGUGACAUUACAGAUUUUGAAGGCCUCACAGAUACCCACAAUGGUCUUGUAGUUCUGAGGCUUAAAGGACACUCUAAUCUAGUGUUCCUCAAACUGAGUUCUCAUGAAAAUCUUGUCCGAUAUCUGAGUUCUUACUCGUUCAAAUCCCUUACAGAGGAUUUUGCUGUGAACCCUUCUGGUGGAAUCCAAUUUGAUGACCCUUCUCUGGCCUUGGCAUUAGAGUCCUAUCAAUCUCAGCAAUGAAACACAUGUUUUGCGAUGGAUUUAGUUGGAGACAGGACGCUCAUAAAACACGUCUUUGGUUACUUGGGUCUCAAGUUAAACCUCUGUUUUGUUUUUUUCCCUCCAAUAAUCAAGUAUAUGAACAGGUAUGAAAAUU